UGAAUUCAUCUUGAUAAUUUGUUUUGUACCACCGUUCGAUGUUACCAUUGGUCAUUGUGCCGAAUGCGCGCUGACAUUAUGUUCGCUAUUUUAAUUAUCAAAGUAAUUAGCUUUUUACCUUUGAUAUGGGCAACUACACAUUGGGUCGUCACGCAAAAUGGACGGAUUACUCCCCAGAUGGAUUCAAUAUUUCAACUCGAGAAGUCACAUGACUUAAUGGCUCUUCUAGCUCAAGAAGAUCGUACAACCAGAGCUGAACUCCUACGAGAGGAACUUUUUCAAAAGAAAGUUGAAUUUGAGCAUCGUGAGGAUAAAGAUAGUGGAGCACUCAUUGAAGAAAAGCUUUAUGCUACAGACCCAGACUGCUUAAAAGUGGGACGUAAAGUCACUUCAAUGGCAAUUUUCGAAUCAACUCACUCUGAUUUUGAAUUGUACAAUAUCAACUUUAACAAUGAAGUGCUGUCAAUUGAGGAUGGCAAUUUGGAACCAGUUUGCUCCCACCCUCCAUUGGAUUUCUCCAUGCGAACUUUUGAACAUUUGACAGGAUUACAAAACCGGUUCAGCCUAACAAUGGAACCUGAAGCAAGUUUGGAAAAACUUAUCCCAGCUAAUAUGGAUCUCAAAUCUUUUGCAAAUUGGAUUGCUUUCAGCUUACAAACGAAUAGUACCUCAUGGUUAUCGUUUAAUUUUGCCACUCUGUACUACCGCAUUGUCGGAAAUGCUGUCCAGGCGCUUGAGUGUAGCCGAAGAGCUCUUCUGUUUAGUCCGAAGGAGAUGAAAACCAUAGCCUUAGUCAAUAUGGGCAACAUUUUGACGCACAGUCAUCAACAAGAAGAUGGAAUUAUCGUACUUCACGCGGCCGUCGAUCAUAAUCCAAGUGAUCCUAUCGCCCACUACACGCUGGCCAAUAGUUAUGCACUCAUAGGCGAUUUGAACAGAUCGGUUCUUUGUUACGAAAAUGUGUUGAAAUUGAAACCUGAUCUCAAAAUGGCUGUUCGAAAGAUGCACGGUAUUCAGUGUUUGUCAAAGUUGGAAAAGGCUCUCGAAACCCAGCAUAACGUUUUACAGCAUACAUUAACAGAAUUGAAAGAACAGCAGCGCAAGUUCGAGGAAUGGAACCAACUGCAAGAAAAGAUAGUGAGUGCUCAAGCCACAGUGGGCCAACGACUUCGCAGCCAACUAGAAUAUCAAGAAUUUCGUUUCCGUACUACGAAAUCUCCUCCACCUGUGCACGAUUGCGAGCAAUACGAGGAGGACGGAUUCAUGUUUUUCCAGUGCAACAUCAAAACGGACAUGUCGACAUUGGAAACUUGGGGUUCAGCAAUGAUGGAUUUACGUAACCGCCUGGUCGACUUUCAGACGCAAACUGACAAAAUUGUCGAUCUUCUUAGUUUACGCAGUAUAGCCAACCAGUCAUCACUUACAAGCGAACUAAACCCAUCUUUAACUGGCACCGGUCCUGCAGCGUCUUCAUCCGUAAGACCUGGGAGAUCUGCGUCAUUUCAAUUUGAUCGUAGUGAUUUGGAUGAAAUGGAAACGGUGCCUCGCCCGCUUACUGAAUCUGAGUUGCAACGCUGCCAGUCACUCAGCUUGCCUAAAAUCGAGCAUAUGCCAACAAUUCUGCUGCUGCCGGAAUCUACUGGAUUAGAUGUUGUGAGUUUACUUAACGAACGGAUUGGUCUUCGCAUAGAUGAGGAUCAUCCUUUACCUUGGUACCCGCCCAUUUGUGAGAAACAUCCGUCGAAAUUACUACCCUACGAUGAGAUGUCGUCGAUCAAAUCUCGCAAUGAGCAUAAAAAACGGCUGAGAGACGUGACAAUUCAGCGACAUCUGCUCAGUUACGCUAGGAGUGACAUGGAUCAGAUCUUAAUUAAAGAUGGUGACGACGAUAUUCAGUCGACAGCAGCCCUGGCACAAGUGGGACAGCGCAUCCUUACAGCACUACGAAAUAAAAUUGGCCCUUCGUGGCUUCUGCAUACUUUGGCAGCGCUGUAUUGGCGAGGCCAUGGAAGAGCGUCUAAUGGCAUCGAAUGUUUCCGCCAAGCCCUGAAUUCCGUGCCAGAGCAACAACGCCAUAUACCGCUUACCAAUUUGGCUGGUCUAUUGUUGAAAAUGGGUCAGGUGAACGACGCAUUGUCUUUAGCGUCCGCUGCCUACCAAACGAACAAUCGAGAGCCAAAGACAAACUACUUAUUGGGUCUACUCCAUCUACAUUUCAACAACCAUUCGGUUGCCGUUAAGCAUUUCGACCGCGCUCUUAAAAUGGAUCCGGAUUCCGCUCCAGAAAUUGAGCAUUACAGGUUAAUGGCAGCGUGUCACGCAGUCGAGAAAGAAACUGCCCAACACCUGCAAUGCCAAGGAGAUUUAGGUUCUGACACAACGUAUAGGACAGUUCUGCGCUGUAGCAAGACGGAAGAAAACGAGGAAUCGGAGAGCAAUUGCGAAGCGGAAGUUCAGGGUCAUACAUCCAACCCCGCAAGUUUGGAAGUAGCUGCUAUAGCAGAUACAGACGAUGAUUUCUUAAUCGACUCGCUUGUCAAUGAACAGAAAUUCAUAAACUUCGAGCUCUUGCAGGAGGAAUCUCUACCUGAAGGACUAUUACGAAUGGGCAAAGUACUACCCCCUCUGCCUCUCACACUACAUCAAUGUCAGGGGCAUCGCAUACGUCUUCGAUCGCAGUUUACCUCCACCUGGUUAAGCGUGGCAGCUAAAAACAUUGAUUUUAAAAGCAUGUUGCCAAAAAGCGUGCCAUCUAAAGCCUUUGUGGAGCCCGUUUGUGAUGGAUCUUUUCCCGUCACCAUGGCGACGUUCGAUCAUCUGACUGGCGUUCGGCACCGAGACAAGAUUGACUACCGGGCUGAAAGCGCUCUAGAAGAAGCUCUGAAUGCCCUAAUAUUUGACAAAGAGAGAAUUGAUUCAGAAGAAGUGGCACGCUAUCUAACUUACGCUCUGAAAAGCAAUGCAACGUCCUGGGUGUUGACGACUGCUGCGUCUCUUUACUGGCGAGUUAAAGGCCAUGUAAAAAACGCCAUUGAUUGCCUUCGAAUUGCCCUGCAUCACGCGCCAUACGAUUUCAAAGAUAUUCCCUUAACCAGUUUAGCCAACAUUCUUCAUAGAGCCGGGUUACACAAUGACGCCUUGGUGGCGGCCUACAUGGCAUUGGAAAUCUCACCGACAUUUGUGGUUAUUCACUUCACAGCGGCCAACAUCCACGCGGCUCGGGGUGAUGUUGCCAGAGCAUUGUCUUUUUACCAGUCAACUUUGGCUCUGCAACCAAGCUUUGAGCCGGCACGGCAACAGCUGAUCGAACUCCAGUGCAAGCAACUCUUAUUGGAACAGCAUUCUGUAGUCUAAACACCGGCUACUCUUGAAAUCUCAACUGAGCCACCAUGGCUAACCAAAAUUGCAGACCUCUUUACACUCCGUUAACUAAAUUGUAAAAACUUUUUAAAGGAAAGAAUCAAUUCGUUUUCAGGAGACCAAUGGCGGCAAGAUAAAUGUAUGAUUCAGCACAGAGAGAAACAAAACAGCAGACAAGAUGUAAAAAUGUAUACUUACACUAAAUGCCAAUAAAACAAGAAGAAUAUGCUUAAGAAUUGAUCGAAGAUGGUUCCUGUAUACCAUAGCCGCUGUCACACGCACAAGAGUUGCCUUCCGUUAGAAUUGUUCACGCCAAUCUUGGGCAGUGUUCAGCAGCUGCGGUACAACAGGAAGAAUGUGAUCAAGUGGAAUGGCUUAAAAGUCGACUGGAACCAGCCAAGGUUAUAGUACAAAUGAGAACUUGCGGACCUUAGCUCGGAAUUUUUGUCCCUCCCCUUCUGUCUCCCAUGAGCACCUGGAUGACGAGACUGUGUAACCUGAUCAGCGGUUCAAAUAACCCUAAAUGCACAGCAAACCUUCGUUUCUUUGCCCACAAUCCUCGGAGGGCCUGCUGUUUUCUUAUAGGGACAGGAGUGGAAAUGUAUUGAGGAAGCCGAAUAAGGUUUCAUCCGCCGGAAGACUGACAGCGACUUUUGAAUUAAUUUUAAAGGUAUAGAGAGAGUUUUUUUUACAUUUCGAAUAAAUUUUACUUUUCAGCAUCAGAUUACUAACCAACAGGGAUGGGUCAGGUAGAAAGAAAUCUAGAAUCAAGAAUUAUAUCGCACGGUAAAAAAGAUAAAAGUUAAAAAGAAAACAACUAAAAAGUCAAUAAUUCAAAUCAAAGCUAGAAUCCUGAAUGGGUAUACCUCCGACCGACUGGUUUCAAACGUGCUGGAAGUACUCGCAGGAAGUGGCAGAGUCGACCUGCUCGGCUGCUCGGUUGAAGGGAAGAUGCAUACAUUUGGCUGUCGCAACCGGCUAUUUAACGGCUGUGUGCGGCUUGAUGCUCUACAAUGCUAACACCUUACGAGCUUUGCUUCAGUUUUUUGACGCAAAUGAAAACCUUCAAUAGGUGGGAGGGAUUGCAGAACGGGUGAAAAGAAGUGACGGCUGCACCCCCAUUGGGCUGUUUUCUGUCUGGUCUAUCCAUACAUCUACCAUAUUUUCAACAAAAAAGACAAAAA